UCAAGUGCUGCUUUUCAAACAGAGAUGUUUCGGCAGUGUCUGUCUCCUCUUUGCAUCCUCAUCCUCAUCUGUAUGGUGUCCACAAACUCCUCUUCCCCUCUUGGCCACAGGGGGGCGCUGUCCUUCUCCAAUUCAUUGCGCCUCACACGUACUAUUCGCGCACGCGUCCAACAACUGCAGUCCAGCUAUAAACAACAGUUGUUUGGUGACGAGCUCUUUGAAUACAGAGAGCUGAUGCUGAGUACACUUCCUGCGGUUACUGUCAGUUAUCAGACCUGGCUACACAUGCAGGACACUGAGCGUUUGCGUUUGGCCUCUCACAACCUCCAAACCUUCUGGACUCACCUGGAAGUUCAGCGGCAGCAGCUGGAGAGAGAGAGGGAUGCGACGAAGGAAAGAAGAGAGCAGAGAAGAGGCAAACGAGGAAAGCCUCAGCCCACCUUGUGCCAAAGAUUCGUUAGUCUGCAAAUAGAUCUGCGGGACCUCAUGAAACAAGUCAACUCUCAGUUAAACAGUCUAAGUAUCACUGCAUCUACAAAACCCCCACUUCUCCAUCCCCUGCACACAACUUCAUCUUCCAGUCCGAUUCCCAGCAUGCAUCAUUCCACAGAGAGCACCACUGUACUCCAGACCCCAACUCAGACGGAUAAUCCUGGCAGCUCCGCACACUCCUCUACACAAUCUUCUACUUCAAUGAUGGAGAAGACCUCUGUCAGCCUCCCACAACCCACCCAGGCAUCAGCAGGCUUUAUUCUAACAGGAAGCCAGCUAUCUGUGGACACCCUGCAGACAACAGCAGAGGCGUCCCGCUGGAUUCAGCAUCUGAGAGGGUAUGUGAUACUGAGAGAUCUGGAACGAUACUUGAGCAGAUUGGCACGAGAUUACGCUGUGCUCCAUGCCAAAUACUGACAAACACGCAUAAGUUAACCAACAAAGGUGGGAAAAAAGAAAAAAAAAAAAGUAGUAUUGCACAAGUAUUAGACAGAAUUAAAUUACAAAACAAAACCAAGAAAAGACAAUUGAAUACACUAACAUUCAUAUCCAUAAACAUUUUCUGUUUACUCUGUUCUUUAAUUAUUUUAUUUAUAAAAAAAAAUAUUUAUUACUAUUUUUGUUUACAAGUAAUUUAACUGAUACUUGCCUUAAUGUGUAAAGACGUUUUUUUUAUUUUUUUAAACUGCAUUUCUGUAUUUUAUAUUUAAGUAUUUGGAGUAUUUUCGAUGUAUUUGAUAAAUCUCAGGGGCUGAGUACAUCAGCAGGCAGCUAGUGUGGGUUAUCAUGAGAUUGCCAAACAGUGUUAUUUGACCAUUACGUAUUUUUAGAUAAUACAAUUAUUAUACUUGAAUGUAUAUGGCUCUAUUUGAAGGGUAAGCGCUUAACAAACAGCUAAUUAUUUUGUUUACAUUGGACAAUUUAACUGAAACAAAAAAAGGGUAGUCAGCCAUUCUGGAAGACCAAAAUUCCCCAAACACCCCACUUCCCUCCUCCACUGUUAAUCAGCAAAUCAGAGGUCAGAAUGAGAUUCAUUUUACAUCCCCUUUUUGUUGUCAUUCCCCUGUACUUUCCACCUUGUGUUAUUUAUUAAAUUAUUUAUUUUAUUUAUGUGCCUUAUUUAUUGUUCAUAAAUAAAUGCAAAAGUGAAAUAUAUGUUUUUGUACAAGUGU